AUGGAGGCCAUCAAGUUGCAGAGAAAGUAUCCGGAAUUCUCCCAAGAGGAGAUGAUGGCUAUGAUUGCCAAAUUCAAGCAAAUUGAUGUAGACGACCGAGGAAGCCUGGACCGCCAGGUGGUUGUCAAAGAAGUUCAACAGCUUGAAAAUGCAUCCUAUGACCAGGUGCGAGAGACGCUGAAGGAUGUAAGCCUUGACGCCAGUGGCCGUGUAGAGCUGGAAGAUUAUGUGGAUCUCGUGUCUCGCAUUCGCAAGGGUAGCAACGCUCAGGCUGGUGUGGUUUCCAAGGGCAAAGUCACUGUGAAGGGAAGCAAUGCAUCGACGCAACACACUAUCAAUGAAGAUGAACGCACCGAAUUCACUCGUCACAUUAAUAUGAGCUUGGAUGGAGAUAUGCACAUUGGGUCUCGUCUCCCCGUCCCUACUGAUACAUUCCAGUUGUUUGACGAAUGCCGUGAUGGCUUGCUCCUUUGCAAACUCAUCAACAGUGCUGUGCCAGACACCAUCGAUGAACGUGUGCUGAAUGUAGGCAAGGCUGGCAAGGGGCCCAACGCUUUUCAGAUGACGGAAAACAAUAACAUUGUCAUCCAAUCAGCCAAGGCCAUUGGAUGCAGCGUAGUGAACAUCGGUGCGCAGGAUAUCACCGACGGUCGUGAGCAUCUUAUCCUUGGCCUAAUCUGGCAGAUUGUUCGGCGCGGUCUGCUCAGCAAAAUUGACUUGACGCACCAUCCUGAGCUGUACCGCCUGUUGGAAGAGGAUGAAACGCUGGAAGCGUUCCUCAAACUGCCGCCGGACCAAAUCUUGUUGCGUUGGUUCAACUACCAUUUGAAGUCUGCGAACUGGAACCGUCGCGUAUUUAACUUUUCUAAGGAUGUCGCCGACGGUGAAAAUUACACUAUUCUCCUCUCCCAGAUCAAGCCGGAUGUUUGCGAUCGCGCACCUUUGAAGGAACAAGAUUUGAUGACACGUGCAGAAAUGGUACUGCAGCGCGCUGAUGCAAUCGGUUGCCGCAAGUACCUUACCCCUGGCUCCAUGAUCUCUGGCAACCCGAAAUUGAACUUGGCGUUUGUGGCACACCUCUUCAACACCUGGCCUAGCUUGGAGCCUCUCGAAGAGGCGCCACCAAUGGAGGUGGAAGAGUUCGAUGCUGAAGGCGAGCGUGAAGCUCGCGUAUUCACGCUUUGGCUCAACAGUCUUGACGUGCAGCCUGGCGUGUACAAUCUGUUCGAAGACGUCAAGGACGGCAAUAUUCUAUUGCAAGCCUUCGAUAAGGUUCUUCCAGGCUCUGUCACAUGGAAGAGGGUCUCAAAGCCGAGAGAAAAUAUGCCGCUUUCACGCUUUAAAAUGGUCGAGAACACCAACUACGUGAUUGAUCUAGCCAAGGCGAAUCAUAUGCACAUCGUUGGUAUCCAGGGCGCUGAUAUCACAGAUGGUGCGAAGACAUUGAUUCUUGGUAUCGUUUGGCAGAUUAUGCGUGUGAAUGUUACGACUACCUUGCAAGGGCUUGGCAAGAGUGGCAAGUCUGUGUCAGACACGGAGAUCCUCAACUGGGCAAAUGCUCGUGUCAAAGCUGCUGGCAAGUCGUCUUCUAUUCGUUCCUUCCGUGAUCCAUCUCUGUCCAAUGCCAAAUUUUUGCUGGACCUUCUGGAUACUAUACGUAAGGGUAUUGUGGACUACUCUCUCGUGAAGAACGGUUCGGACGAGGAGGAGUGCAAGUUGAAUGCCAAACUGGCUAUUAGCAUCGCACGCAAACUAGGUGCAUUGAUUUUCUUGGUACCAGAAGACAUUGUGGAGCUACGCCAGCGUCUGAUUCUGACGUUUGUGGCCAGUCUAAUGUCGUUGGAGAGUACCUUGUAA